AUGACAAUGGCAAAUAACAAGACAACAUGUUUUACAUGUAAUACAGAAAAAAUAACAUAUUCUUGUGAAGGAUGUUCGAAAAGAUUUUGUUUAACACAUCUAACAGAACAUCAACAAAUAUUAAAUGAUGAAUUAAACCAUAUUACAAAUGAAUAUAAUGAAUUUAAAGAAACAAUUAAUGAACAAAAACAGAAUCCACAAAUUGAUUUAUUAAUAAAGCAAAUUGAUCAAUGGGAAACAAACUCAAUUGAAAUAAUUCAACAAAAAGCAGAAGAUUGUAGAAAAACUGCUAUGGAAUAUCUACCAACAUUCUUUAAUGAUAUCGAAAUGAAAUUUAAUAAUCUAAAUGAACAAAUAAAAGAAAUUCAUCAAGAAAAUGAAUGUAAUGAAAUUAAUUUAAAUUAUUUAAGAAAUGAAUUAAUAGAAAUUACACAAGAACUAAAUAAUCCAUCAAAGAUUUCUAUUAAAGAAGAUUCACAAUCAUUUAUUAAUGAAAUUUCAAUUAUUUCAUCAAAAAUAUCAAGAUUUAACAAAUGGAAACAAAAUGCUAUCACUGUAGCAGGUGGAAAUGGACAGGAACAAAAACUAAAUGAACUCGAUUAUCCUAAUACUAUCUUAGCUUAUCAAUACAGACAUCUUUUGACUUCUGAUUAUUGGCAAGAUCCUACUGUUGAAUGGAAGCGCAAUGCAAAGCAAGGACAAGAAUUAAAUCAACUCAAUCGCCCAGGUGGAAUCUUUAUUGAUAAAAACAAAAAUAUUUUCAUUGCUGAUUCUUUGAAUCAUCGUAUUGUUAAAUGGAAAUACAAUACAAAAGAAGGACAAAUCAAUGCAGGUGGAAAUGGCCAAGGAAAUAGAAUAGGUCAAUUGAAUUGUCCAGUAGAUGUAAUUGUUGAUCAACGAAAUCAUUCGAUUAUCAUUGCUGAUGGAAAGAACAGGCGAGUGAUUCAAUGGCUGAAUCAAAAGCAACAAAUUCUCAUUGAAAAUAUUCACUGUUGUGGUUUGGCAAUGGAUAAACAUGGAUUUCUUUAUGUUUCUGAUUCAUGGAACAAUGAAGUGAGACGAUGGAAAAUUGGAGAAUAUAACAACGAAGGAAUUGUAGUGGCAGGUGGAUAUGAUCAAAGAAAUCAACUUAAUUAUCCUACUUUUAUUUUUGUUGAUGAAGAUCAAUCUGUUUAUGUAUCAGAUCGAAACAAUCAUCGUGUGAUGAAAUGGAGAAAAGAUGCAAAAGAAGGAACAAUUGUAGCUGGAGGAAAUGGUCAAGGAAGAAAUCUCAAUCAAUUGUCUUGUCCUCAAGGAGUCGUUAUUAAUCGUUUGGGUGAAAUCUAUGUGGCUGAUUCAAAUAAUAAUCGAGUAAUGCGUUGGCGUGAAGGAAAAGAAGAAGGCAAAGUUGUUGCUGGUGGAAAUGAUGGAGGAAGUGAAUCAGAUCAGUUGAAUAGUCCUAUGGGUUUAGCUUUUGAUGAUGAAGAAAAUCUUUAUGUUGUCGAUAGUGACAAUCAUCGAAUUCAAAAAUUUGAAAUGAUUUUGUGA